ACCUUCCGAUUGUUGUCGAAAUACUGAGUUACGUCGUCCGUGCUUUUUAGUCCCGCAAAGCAGCUGCGUGUUGCGUCACCGCGCUUGCGUGUGCUCGUGACGUCACUGCGGUUACGUGAUGAUGAGGCUGUGCUGUCAGGGUUUUAAGUAAGACGAGGAGGCCGGGAGCUUCCAGGUGACAACUUUACCGGCGGUAUGAGGUUUAUGCUGCUCUUCAGCCGGCAAGGGAAGCUCCGGUUGCAGAAGUGGUAUGUAGCCAUCCCCGAACGAGACAAGAAGAAGCUGGUGCGAGAUCUCAUGCAGACCGUGCUCAGCAGGAAACCCAAAAUGUGCAGCUUCCUGGAAUGGAGAGACUUCAAAGUUGUCUACAAAAGAUACGCCAGUCUGUAUUUCUGCUGUGCUGUUGAAGAUCAGGAUAAUGAGUUGCUGACCCUGGAACUCAUACACCGAUACGUCGAACUCCUGGACAAAUAUUUUGGCAGCGUGUGCGAGCUGGAUAUUAUAUUUAAUUUUGAGAAGGCUUAUUUCAUCCUGGACGAGUUCCUGAUGGGAGGCGAAAUCCAGGAUACGUCCAAGAAAAGCGUCUUGAAGGCCAUCGAGCAGUCCGACAUGCUGCAGGAGGAGGAUGAGUCACCACGCAGCGUUCUAGAGGAGAUGGGACUGGCUUGAAACACAGAGACCCCACAUUCCUCCCCUCCCCAUUACUGCGACAUUCCCACCCUUUCAAUCGUUGCAACUCUUUAAACACUUUAACAUUCUCCCCCCCCCCCCCUUUAUUCCUUCUCUCGCACACACUGACCACUGCCAUGUAGGAGUUCGUAUAGGUAUGUGUGUCUUAAAGGGAUGCUGUCAUGGGAAAAAUUAUAUUUUUUAAAAAAAACGCAUUAGUUAAUAGUGCUGCUCCAGCAGAAUUCUGCACUGAAAUCUGUUUCUCAAAAGAGCAAACAGUUUUUGUUUAUAUUCAAUUUUGAAAUCUGACAUGGGGCUCGACAUAUUGUCAGUUUCCCAGCUGCCCCAGUCAUGUGACUUGUGCUCUAAUAAACUUCAGUCUCUCUUUACUGCUGUACUGCAAGUUGGACUGAUAUCAAUGAUGUGCUGGUCUGGAUUUCCCUAACCUGCCCUCCCUUAGGCCCCCGUUCGCAUCCGACUUG